AUGUCACUCCAUGGGGUCCGGCCCUCCCGGCGUGCCGAAGUCCGGGCGGAGCUGGAGCGGCUCAAGGCCUGGCGCAGCCACGCAGACGGCGUCGAGGCGGAAAGCCUGGACACAGCUAUCGAGGCGCUGGUCUUCGCUCUGCGCUCCCGGCCGCAGCCGCGGGUGGAAGGACCCAGCGAGGAAUGGAAGUCCUGGGCCGCGGGUGCCUGCGCCCUCCUUGAUGAGCAUUUCUGGCAGCGACCGAUUCAAGAGGAGAGGUCGGAGGAGCCCCAAGAUGGCGGCAGCGGCAGCGACGCCGCUGGAAGGGGGGCCCAGGCGGAAGUGGAGGCGUACGGUGCUGAGGACGUGGACGUCGCACAGGAUACGGUUGCAGCGGUGAGAUUCAGUCAGCUGGACCAGCCUGCACAGCGACCAAGCUUCGAGGCGGUACCUGAACCUCUGCACGAAGAGGUGGAGGCGGAGGUCCAUCUUCCUGUGGAGGCGAUCCCUGAAUCACCGCUGGCAGAAACGGAGGUGGAGGUAGACCUUUCAGCGGAGGUGAAGGUGGGUUUGGUCCCUGCAAAGGAGUGUUUUCAAUUCGAAAACCUGGCUGCCGACGCGGGAUUCAACCACCUGGAACAGCCUGCAGACACAGCGGCAUUCGAGGUGAUACCGGAGCCUCUCUGCGAAGAGGCGGAAGUGGAGGUAGACCUUCCUGAGGAGGAACAGUUGGAUCCCGGGAAGGAGCCUUUGCACGAAGAGCACGCGACUGCAGACUUGGGUUUCAACCACCAGGCAGAGCCUGCAGAGGAAGUGGCGUUCGAGGAUCCAGGAGAGAACGGGCAUUCUCCGGGUGCAGCAAGAUGUGCAGCCCAGGAGUUCGACAAGCCGAAGGUGCCGAUGCAAGCCUUCUACGCACAGCUCGGCGCCCGGUUCCGGAAGCGGGAGGCGCCUCCCGAGCUGGAGCCGGCGAGGCAGCACAGGGAGCCGGUGCUGGAGGAGUCUGUUCGAAAUUCUGCCAGCCACGUGGAUCUUUCGGCGCCGCCACCUCCCUUAAUUCCAGACACCACGGACCGCCUCACCGACGAUGAGGAUGUCGGGGACCUCGUGGACGAAGCGAGUUUGCAGCAAGAGUGUGACGACCAUCCACGCCGCCAUGGCCACAACAAGAUGGGCUCCGUGCUGGAGCCUUUUCCCGAGCCUCCGGGGUUGGCGCCACCGGCAGAGCCGCCGGCGGAGCCGCCGGAGCUAUGCCCGGAGGCAGCAUGGGCUCCGUCUCUUUGGAGAGAUGGUGAGGAAGACGAUCCUCCUUCCACCGGACGCAACUGGCGGAGCCGGGCGCGGAUCAGCCCUCCCCCUUCCCCGGAGAAAGAGCCCGAGCCCACAGCGGAGGAGGAUGAUACCACCCGAUCGCUGGCGCCUGAGAUGGCAGAGGAGCGGCCGCUGAGCCAUCAGACCGAGGAGCUGCGCCUCCGCCGCGACGCUGCGCGGAGCGCCGGCGACUUUGACGAGGCCUUGGAUGCUGCUGCAUUAUUGGCAGCCUUGACACCAACUGCUGAAGCACGGCUGCGCCUGGCCGUGGCACGUUUGGAGUCAGGCGGCCAGGACCAACAAGCGCUCGAAGACCUGAAAGAGAUCCGCCUCCUCGCCGAGAGCAGCGGUGAGCCCCUCGGAGAGGAUUUCGCCCGUUGGUUCCGCAUGGCACGCCAUUGGGCCGUCCAGCCCGCAAGGAGGAACCACUAUCGAGCACUGGGUAUCCCGGCGGAUGCCUCCAGCGGGGAGGUCAAAGCUGCCUACCGCAAGGCAUUGCUGCUUUUCCAUCCAGACAAGGCUGGCGGCGACGCGGAGCGCUUCCGCGCCGUCCAAGAAGCCUGGGAGAUGAUCGGCACGGAGACGAUGCGCCGAGUCUACGACUUCGGCGCCCUCUCCGUGCCAGCCCGUACGACGACAUCGCGGCCAGCGCCAAAUGCUACGCAAGAGAAUCGCACCGUCAACUACACCACCGGCCGGCAACAGCGAAGCAAGUUCGCAGAUUGGAGCACAGCCGCAGAAAAACGGUCUAAGUCCAAAGCCACAUGUGUCGCAGAAGAUCCUCCAUUCGUGGUGACGCCGUUUAAGGAAGACUUCAAAGAAGGAAUCUGGAUGGUGGUAAAGUGCGCCAGGGCCUCCAAUGCCCAUGUGGAGCUGUGGAGGCUCCAGGCCAGCACAUCUUCGCUCCUGGCCACUGAGGCGCACCGACGGAAAAUGUUGGAGCAGAGCAGCCCAAGAGGCCGCACGGAAGAACGAGCCACCGGUCUCGCCAGCGCCCGGAGGCAAGCCAGAGGCACCAUGCCCUUCGAGAGGUCGGUGUCCCCACCUUCCCGAACUCAAGUCAGUCUCCACAACCGCGUGGGCCUCACACCCAGGGACCAAGCUGACCCGCCACAGUUGACUCCGCGGGAGCCGCAAAAGGCGGAUCCACAGGAGUCAAUCGAGCAGCCACCAUCCAGCCGUGUAGCGAACCGUGAGAUCUUCUCGCAAGAAAUGCGGCAUGAUGUGAGCAGGAUCAAAGAACGCACAGCCAGCUCAACCGGGCCGGUGGAGUCCACCAGGGAGUCCACUGCCAAUGCGGAGGAGUCGAGCCAUCCGGCAGUGCCCUCCGAAAAGCCGAGCUGCUCGGAUGGCCAGGAGAAGGCUACAUCGACGGCAACAGCAGCCACCUCAGCAGAGGACGUCCCCCCGGAGUCGCAAUAUGCUCUCCGCCAGGACAGACCUCUCGUGACGGACACCUUGGAUGCGACGUCCGAAGUGAGCUCGGAAGAUUCGACCUUCGUCGGCUUCAUCGAGGAAACUCUGGAACGAGAGGGCUAUGUGCCCGGUGGAGAGUAUCGGGUUCUCCUCCACGGCGGUCCCAAGUCCAACGGCGCCCAUUUCAAUGCGCGGGAGGGCGCGCCUGGCGAUGCUGACCUGCCGGACUGUCAGAGCUUCGCAAACAGUGAGGCCUCGCUUGUCAAGCCGGACCGGACUGUCCACUUCUGA